AUGAAUCGUAUCGAGCCUGCGGAGUACAGUUUCAUGCCUAAAACCUGGGUCCUUCCUCAAGAACAUGGCUUCUUGUUGAACUAUGCACGACGAGCGGUGAUGCGUGGUCAGAAACCAACCUUCAUAUUAAAACCGGCGAACGGUGCAAUGGGUCAUGGUGUGACCUACGAGUUUACGUUCUNNNNGUACAUCUACAAUGAUGGUCUUGUUCGACUCGGUACGGAAAAGUACAUGGAUCCGUCUGAACCCAAUGGGGAAUCCAUGUACAUGCAUCUAACCAAUUAUGCUGUGAACAAACGCCACGCAGAUUACAAUCGCAGCUCCAAUGAGAUGUCGGGUAGCAAACGAUCAUUCAGUUUUUUGGAUCAGUAUCUACGUGAUACACGACACGUGGAUCCUAUUCACAUUUGGCGUAGUAUUCGUGAAUUGAUUGUGAAAACUGUGGCCAUUGCCGCGCCGCAUCUGCUCCACUCCUAUCGCAUGUGCCGUCGAGGUCGUACACAGUUGGGUCGAGCAUUCAGCUUGGAAACCCUUCCGCCAGCGUUUGGAAUACCGAAGACCAAAUUGACUUCGAAUCAAUCCAAAGUUCCCCAAGAACGCGUAUCCCGAGUCGCAAACCAUAGCGCCUUAAACGGACCGGGACAAACUCAGCGAGCCAGAUCUCAUUCGACCGUGAAGACGCGUGGAAUUGCUCAGUUUAUUCCUUCACACUUUUUUGAGAUACUUGGUUUUGAUAUUUUACUGGACGAUGAACUGAAACCAUGGUUGAUAGAAGUGAAUCGAUCUCCCAGCUUCAAUGGUGAUCAGGAAUUGGAUCGCAGAGUGAAACGUGGUCUACUCACGGAUACUCUUCGUCUAUUGAACAUUCGUCCAUCGGAUAAGGAGGCUGCCGAAAAGGAACAACGAUUGACUGCUUAUCGUCGUUUGUAUUCGAACUCGUCAGUGUCCUCCAUUCAGAUACUUCGACCGAACGAAGAACGAUCCAGACCGAAACAAAAGUUCAUUUCGUUUCGAAAAUCCGUCACGACUAAUAGCAGACCACCGAUCAUGACUCCCAAACGAUCAGAGAUCGAAGUGCCCAGUUUAUCCAAAUAUGCAGUGGAGCAACAAAUUGUUGGAUUACGACAACAAUUGUUGUUAAUCCGUCAACGUUUGGCAUUGGAGUUUUUUGAGUAUCAUAAUUGUGGAAAUUGGAGUUUGUUAUUCCCCACUGAGGAUCCAGUGGCCCAGAAACGAUUCGCUUCAUUUCUUCUACAAAAUUUCUCAGAAUUUCACAAAGGAAAGGCCGGUGAAUUGCAAAAAGAAAUGGAAAUCACCUAUUUGCAUCCCAUCACGGUAGGCUUUUUUCUUCUCCUGCCCGAGCAUCUCACACGUCUAGUCUGA